UUGCAGCUGAGCAGCACACACCGCUGGCAGCAAUACCAGAACUUUGAACACGCAUCCGAAAAGGUGACGCGCUUUCUCCCUCCAGCACUUCCUUUUCGAUUUGUCUCAGAGCGCUUUGCAGAAAGUGAGCAAAGCCACCAGCUCACCAAGUCACUCUCGCUCUUCGAGAAGAAACAGAUAAGCAGCCUUCGACGUUAUGGCAAACUACAUCUGUUGCGCCCAAGUCGAACAGAGCACCCUGGGCAUACAGGAGGACUGGGGGCGCUUCUCAAAGAUCCUUGAGCCCGGUUGUCACUUCCUCAACCCCUUCUGCGGCCAGGCGGUGUCUGGCACCAUCUCGCUGAGGAUUCAGCAGCUUGAUGUUCGGUGCGAGACAAAGACCAAGGACAAUGUCUUCGUGACGAUGGUAUGCUCUGUCCAGUACCGUGCGGUGCGGGAGAAUGCAGACGACGCCUUUUACGAGCUGAGCAAUCCUCGGGAGCAGAUCCAGGCGUAUGUCUUUGACGUCGUGCGGGCGAGCGUCCCAAAGUUGCUGCUGGACGAGGUCUUCGAGCAGAAGAACGAGGUCGCGAAGGCGGUGGAGUCGGAGCUCGAGAAGGCGAUGAGUGCCUACGGGUACAACAUUGUCCAGACCCUGAUUGUGGACAUCGAGCCGGACCUCCAAGUCAAGAGGGCCAUGAACGAGAUCAACGCCGCUGCCCGCAUGCGCAUGGCCGCGGUGGAGAAGGCGGAGACGGAGAAGAUCUUGCAGGUAAAGCGGGCGGAGGGGGAGGCGGAGAGCAAGUACCUAUCCGGGAAGGGUGUGGCCCGGCAACGCCAGGCCAUCGUCGAGGGACUACGCGAGAGCGUGGUGGCGUUCGCGCACGGCGUGGAGGGCACCUCCCCGAAGGACAUCAUGGACAUGGUUCUGCUAACCCAGUAUUUCGACACCAUGAAAGAGAUCGGGGCACACAACAAGAGCUCGACCGUGUUCAUGCCCCACGGCCCAGGUGCGGUUGCUGACGUGGCAAGCCAGAUCAGGGCCGGAACGCUCCAGGCGGCCUCCGUACAAGAGAUGGCAAGGGAUUGAGAAAAAAGUCGAAUACAAAAACGCUGUGCGCGGACGUGCGAAGGACCACCUAAAGAGACUCUCUGGGCCCUUAGUGUAAGAUAGCAAGAGCGGACUUUGUGUCGAACAAUAAACGCCCAGGACAUUGAGGAGCGUCUCCGAAUUCCAGGCAAUUGGUUGUUCGCCGGUUUUACCCGUCGGGGCAGGUCCAACGGCAGAGUCGCUGGUCUCUAGGUCUUUGACGAGCCACCCAACUGAUGUGAAGCUGGAGUCCAGCAGCUAUUGCAUCUUUUCUAGAAGGUAGCUUCAGCUUCACUUCAUGGAUCGCACUUAUCCUAGCGAUUGAACUUGAUUUACUUUUCAAGAGCAUGCUCCGGAUCGCCUACG